AUGAGUACCGUGACUUCGGAAGCCCGCGAGGGUGAUUUCUCUGGCUGGUCUGCCGACGAUACGAUUUUGGCGCUUCGCCAUCACAAAGUGACUGUUCGCGAGCACAUCUCGGAGGUCCUCGGCCGUGCCGAGAGGGCAAAGUCGUUGAAUGCCUUCAUUAACCUGUUGCCCGACCAGGCAUUGGCCGCUGCAGAUAAAAUAGACGCUGUCAUUGCGAAGGGGGAGCCUCUGCCUCCAUUGGCGGGCUUGGCUAUUGUCGUAAAAGACAACAUCAACAUGGCUGGCUUCCCAAAUACUGGCGGUACGAAUGCUCUUCUCACCGCGUGUCCGUCCAACACGGCACCGAGCCUGGAGAGGCUGACGGCGGCCGGUGCCAUUGUCAUUGGCAAAACAAACUUGCACGAGCUCGCAUUUGGCGUCACGAGCACCAAUCUGUCGACAUUUGCCGGGCCAGUACGCAACCCUUAUGCCAUGGACAUGAUCCCAGGUGGCUCAUCGGGAGGGACGGCGGCCGCCAUCGCUUCUCGCGUUGUAACCUGUGGUUUGGGUACAGAUACCGGAGGCUCUUCGCGCAUCCCCGCGGCUUUGACUGGAAUUGCGGGUUACCGGCCGUCCGUUGGUGAUGGUGGUGAGCAGCGUCGCUAUCACGACGACCAUGGCGUCCUCCCAAUCAGCCACACUCGAGACACGGUUGGACCCAUGGGCCGCAGCGUGGCCGACGUCGCCCUGUUGGAUUCCAUUAUAUCUGGACGGCCGCGAGCAAAGCCCGCGCAGCUCCGUGGCGUCCGGCUAGGCAUCCCGCCUGUGCUUUGGGCGGGACUGAACAAGGAGUUGGAGAAGAUGGUGCUGCGCGCACAGCAUGUGCUCCAAGACGCGGGGAUUGAACUAGUUCGGGACGACAUACCCGACUUGCUCGAGCUGGAUAGCACUGUCGGGCCUCCCAUCUCGUUGCAUGAGGCGCGUACUGAUAUCCCGGCGUAUCUGUCAGGCUCGGGCAUCGACGGCGUACGCCUAGAGGAUAUUUUCGACGGCAUCUCAAGCCCAGACGUGAAACCUAUUUUCGGCUCCAUAAUAAACGGUGACUUUGGACAUGAGUACCGUCAAGUCAUGGCGGUUCGACGCCCGGCUCUCCAGAAGCUGUACGCAGACUACUUCCGGCAACACCGGGUUGAUGCCAUCCUGUUCCCGACUACCAUUCUCCCCGCCACGCCCAUAGACAUCAUACAUGGCUCCGGGAACGUGUCUAUCAACGGUGGACCCCAAAUGGAAGCCUUUGCUGCUUACACUAGAAACACGGCGCCGGCAAGUAAUGCGGGAAUACCGGGCUUGAGCAUACCCGUGGGAAAGACAGCCGACGGCUUGCCGGUUGGCAUCGAGAUUGACGGCCCUCUGGGCAGCGACGAUAGACUUCUUAGCUUGGGCCUUGCGAUGGAAAAAGUGCUUGGCUGCUUACCCGGUCCGGAGCCCUGGGCCUGA